AUGUACUCGACAACACUCAUCGCCAUAUUUGGGCUGCUGGUGGGCGUGUACAUUAUAACGUGUCGUAAAUCAACAUCUUCUUUACCAUUACCACCAGGCCCAAAGCCAUUGCCGAUCAUUGGCAAUGUCCACCAAGCACCCAAAUCCCACGGCUGGAGGACAUAUCGCGAAUGGAGCAAGCAGUAUGGACCCAUCGUUCAUGUCAACAUGCUUGGACAGCCGGUCAUCAUUUUGUCUACGUCUGAAGUUGCCCACGAGCUCCUAGCGAAGCGUGGAUCCAUAUUUUCAGACCGACCUCGCCUUUUUUUGGCGACAGAGUUGGCCUUGAAAGGGCUCAACAUUCUCAUGAUGAAUUACACCGAGCAAUUUCGUCAACAUCAAAGGUUACAGGUCUCAGUCUUGAAUGCGACGCCGGCAGCCGCCUAUCUUCCCAUUCAGACUCUAGAAUCUCAGCAAUUAAUGCACGAUCUCCUAGAGAAUGCGGGUGGCGCUGGGACUGAUGUUCAAGGACACUUUCAACGUGCGGUUGCUAGCAUCAUUCAUACCUUGCUAUAUGGCUUCCGCGUCAAAGGCUACAAUGACCCAGGUCUUUGCGCCGUUAUAAAAUUCAACGAGGAGUUCUCCGAAUUUAUCCAGGUUGGAUCGCAUAUUGUUGACCAGUUCCCUGUGCUCAACAAUCUUCCAGGUUUUUUAGCUCCAUGGAAGGCUAAGGCUGAGAACCACUACCAGGGCAAGCAUCAUCUACGCCACCAAAACUUUAAACGAGGAGUGGAAUCGGAUGCCUGGAAUAUAUCAAAGCAUCUCCAGAAGACUGUCGAGAAAGAUAACCUCGACAUGCCCUUGGAGGAGUUGGCCUUCGAGCUUGGUACUAUGAUCGAUGCAGCACUGGACGGCACUACUGACAGUUUGAUCUGGCUCGUAGUGGCUUGCGUCACGCAAGGCCAGAGCUUUAUCGUCAAGGCACGCGAGGAACUAGAUGCCGUUGUCGGGCGCGACCGACUCCCAGUCUCGGAGGACAAGCCCAACCUGCCGUACAUUGCCGCUAUUGUCGAAGAAAUAUUCCGUUGGCGGCCUGCUGGCCCUGAGGGCGUCCCUCACCUGAACAGGGAGGAGACAGUCUACAAUGGAUAUACCAUUCCCAAGGGAUCCGUCAUUGUACCCAAUGUUUGGACAAUCUCCCGGGAAGAGGCAUUGUUUGGCGCAGACCCGGACGAUUUCGUCCCGGAUCGUUGGCUCGAGGAGGACGGCAAAACGCUCAAAGCCCUACCCGCAGCCGCCUUCGGCUAUGGAAGGCGAACCUGCCCUGGUCGUUAUUUUGCACGUAAUGCUAUUUGGAUUGUGGUCGCCCAACUGCUAUGGUCAUUCGACAUCAAGGCUGGUCUGUCUGAGGAAACAGGCGAACCCAUCGACAUUGACCCCCUUGCAUGCACCUAUGGUCUGGUUAUGCGGGCCCUGCCCUUUAAGGCUUCGUUCAAUCCUCGUGGGCCUUGGGUGCGUGAAGUGAUUGACAGAGUUGGUGACACUUACAGCAAGGAUCAUGAGACUUUGCUCAAUGAAAUUGGCGCAGAGUUCACUAAAUUGUAG